GUUAACCAUAAACAAUGCUAGCUGGGCUCCCUGUGUAUUUCAUUACGCAUGACAAAUCCAGCGUUACAUAUACCUCAUUUGCAUAUUGCGCGAACUCUGCUGAAGGUGACACGUGCUGUGCUGUUUCUGUAGCAAAAAGAAUGUUUUCCAUUUUUAUUAUCCUAGCGAUCCUUUCUACAGCAUUAACAGAUAAAUGUAACAAUCUAGACGGCUUCUGGUACAACCAACUUGGGUCAGAAAUCUUUUUGAAGCAUUCAAACGAUGGAAAAUUGAUCGGGGAGUAUCGGACAGCAGUUGAAAGGUCUGAAGGAUCGGCUGGUAGUAAAACACACUCAAUUCUCUUAGGUGCUGCCCCAUACAACAAGCCUGGCACAACCUUUGCUUUUGCUGUUGUUUGGAACAAUGGGUCGUCAACAACAUCAUGGACUGCUCAAUGUGUUGUAUGUGAAGAUGGGCAUGAAAAGUUUUUGACAUCCUGGCUGCUGCGAUCUCAAGUAGACAUCUGCAUCGACAAGUGGAAAUCUACAAGAAUAGGUCGUGACACCUUCACACGUUAUGAGCAGCUUAGUGGCCCUCGCAAACCAAACAAAAAUCCUCCUUCUCUACCUGCCAUUGAUACAAAUUCUCAUGCUAUUAUUUUCAAGCCAAGGCAACCAUGUGAUAUUGUUGGUACCUGGUAUAAUAGUGUCGGCUCAGAAAUGAUUAUUAAACAAGAUUUUAAUGGUGUUAUUGUAGGUGAGUACCGCACAGCAGUUGAAAGAGAAAAGGGUGCGGCAGGGAGUACCCAUUCAAUGAUUUUUGGAAUAGGCACAAGAGGUGACAUGAACAGUACUUUUGCAUUUUUUGUGGUAUGGAAUGAUGGUGCUUCUGUGACUGGUUGGGUUGGGCAGUGUCAUAUAUGUGGGAUAAACAAAACAGAAGUGAUAGAAAGUACUUGGUUGUUGAGGAGCAAAAUUGGCCGUUGUGGAGAAAACUGGAAAUCUACUCUGUAUGGUGAGAAUAGCUUUACACGAGAGGAACAGAAGGAGGGACYGAGGAAGCAUCUCGGCAUCGACACUCCGGAAAGGGAUGGAGAACCUUCCAACCCACGAGGAGCUAGUACAAUAGUUCGAGCAUGCUAUAUCUGUUGGUGGUUAGGGAUGUGGUUAAUCAUGUUGUGUUCGCAGUCUUUAAGUAACGAAUGUUUUUGAAUUUCCACAGACCUGCAAUUAAUUAAAUCUAAUUUAUCCAGUAAAGUUAAAAAAGUGUGAGAAAAAUGUUUUUCAUAAAGUGAUGAAGACUUGCUUUUGUUGUGCAUCUGAGAAUGCAAUACUUUUAACAGCACUCUCAAAUCUUGGAAAUUGUCUAAUGUGCUGGUAUCUGUAUGUUCAUAAUAGCGAUUGUUGCCUGUUUGAAAAUAACAGUUACAUUCAAAGUGUUGACAGAUGUGACUUAAAGCUGCAAGAGGACUUUGAUCACUUGGAGUUACAUUUCUGAUUUCCAUGAGAAUUAAAACCUUUAUCAUAUAAUAAUAAUAUAGGUAUUUUAUGGAUAAUUAUUAUCCAUAAAAUACCUAUAUUUCU